AUGCUCUGCUUCACAAAAUCCUGGAAAGCCUCCUCAUCCGCAUCAGGUGGCGCCCAAUCGCCAGCUCAUCAGGCUAUUAGUGAAAUUAUUUCAAAAUACCACAACGUCCGGCCGAUGAGUCCAUCAAACUCAGGACAGAUGGAAGAUACCGUGCCGUCUAAGCCCAGCUUUGCAGAUGAAAUUUACGAUAUCUUUCUUAGAGACUACUGCGGCAUUGAAAUCAUAGGGGGCCAGUAUCGUAUGGUGUUUACAGCUCGUUUCAAAGAAUGCCCCGACAAGAUCCGUCUCAUAUCCUGCCCGCAAUUUAUUCGCGCACCUAAUCUGACGCCUGCGCGCCGGGAAUUACUUCGAAUCAAACUCGAUGCUGUUUUGGACCGUAUAUCAAACGAGGAGUGGGACAAACUCAAGGAUCGUUUCAACAUUGUUAAAAAUGAGUGGUGUAUUGUUUCCGAUGAGCAGGAAGAACAAGAGAUUUAG